UAGUUAGCAAGCCUGUUGACAUUACCCGUGUGGUUAGGUUAGGAUUAGUGUAUAUGUGAUGCUUCGUUUCCGUUAUUAUUACACAAGAAUCUGAUAGAAAGUGAUUGAGAUUGAUGAAAAACGCGGGAUUCUCUAGCUAAUUAGACACACUUGAUCGAAUGUAUAUGAGAUGUAGAUAUAGCACAAGCGUCACAAAAAUCACAAAACAUGAAGAUGAGCGAUAGAUACGUCGAUCAUACGCGUGUCGCUUAAAUGUUAUGAAAAUGACGUACCCGGGAUUAGUAUUACUUGUCGGAGUUGGAGUUGGGAUAGCGACUUUUCUCUAUUAUGUGUUCACCGAAAACAACCGCUCGGAUGGACAGUAUUCGGGGUAUUCGAGAAACGGAAGAUCGUCCGAAGACCACUACGAAGACCGCUCUUGGUCGACGUCGUCACACUCUACUGAAAAUGCACUGUUAAAUAGAAGAAGUUCAGCGAACUGUUCGAAAAGUAAAGACCGAAGAGACCUCACGACAAGUAAAGAUGACACAAUCAAUUGUUCCAUCUGCCAAUAUGCGUUAGUUGAUUCGGAUGUGAUACAAUUGCGUCCUUGUAGACAUAAUUUUCACAAGGAUUGCAUUAAUGAAUUGACAAAAUACGAUCCUGGGGCCGUUUGUCCUAAUUGCAGAAGAAAAUUUAGACCCGCGACAUAGACUCGGCUUCUGAUCAUACGCUUUGUGGAAAGGUAGAAAAUUCACUCUUUUUCGUGCUUGUAAAGUCACACGUCGCGUGUAGAGAGAGAGAGAGAGAAAUGUAUCCUUUAACCGAGUAUACAAUAUCUGUCUGUUUUAAGAGAAAAACUAUAAUGCAAUUUACGAUACCAAGUAUACCAAUUGAGAAGGUAUAAAAAAGUAUCAAGAGAUUUAUGAUUGCAAAGCCUGAGUACUUUCUAUCAAACAAAUAUCCACGUGUAACUUUCUCUCCUUUUAUUAUCGAUCGAAUCAAAUAAUCUCGCUUGGUUACGCUAGAAUCACGAUUUAUAUCAAAGAAAUUACAUAUAUAUAUAUAUAUAUAUAUAUCCUCAUCUCUGACGAAAUUGGUGAAAUAGAAACUUGAGUUACAUGUAUCAAGAGUAGCAGCUACCGAGUGAUAUUAAAGUAGUGCUGUAUGUAAGAAAUUAGUCCAUUUAUAUAAUAAGGUAAUUAGCAAGAGAGAUUACAGUCUAUACAGAUACACACAUACACACAAUUGUUGUACGAAUAUAUCCGACGAUUGUAUGGAUAAUUAAUAUAGUAAUGCGCUACUAUCGACCCGCUUUCCCUUUCGUUGGUCGUAAAUCGAUUUGAAUAGCCGUGUCGUAACGCGACUAAGGCCUGGUCUACAAUGAGUUGUCAAAUGGUCAGUCAGAAGUAUGAAAAUAUAGUGACUAACGACUAAUAAUUCGCCUAAAGCCCGUAUCGGGCUACGAUUGAGAUUGAGCUUAGAUUGAAAUUUGACCAGUUAGAGUCAAAGUUACUAAAGUUGAGAUUAAUAAACGUUACUGCGUUUGGUGAAAUUUCAAUCUGAUCCCAGUGGCAAUUCCGUAGUCUGAUAGGGGCUUAGCGCGAGGCGGUAAUGCGGCGUACGUGUGACGGUGACAGCAACGGCGACGCGCGUAUUCUGUAACAUUUUGUCUAGUGAGCGGCGUGGAAAGCCACGCGCGAGGUAGUCGCGCUUUGCUCGGUAAUCCGGGAAGCGUUUUCGUUGGAUCGGAGCCGAGAAGCUCUCGUCUCGUCACUGCUAUCUUCUACGCACAGUCGGUGAUACAAGAAUGCAGAAAUUUGUGAGACAAGAGAGCGCGGAUCGGUGAUUAUCGAUCGCGUUCCUCGUGUGUCAAAAUGUAUCGAUGGAACGAACAUGACAGGAUUAUUGUUUCUUGUACUUGUUGUAACACGCGCGGUCGCUGGGUCGCGGCUCUUCGCGGCCAAUGAGAAGCAAGGUACGUAUCUCGUUAUACAUCGAUAUAAACUGCGAGUGUAGCUAAACGAACAUUUACUCCGUCCUCUUUUUUUUUCUCUCUCUCUUUUUACGUACGGAAAUUCCGCGUCUUCUCUGCGCCAUUUGCUUCGAAUUCCGCGCGAGCGUGUACGAAACGAAUGUCGUCGAGUGAUUUGAUCGAGAAUAAUCCAACGUUUUGUUAUGUAAACCUGCGCUUGUAAUUGUAAGAGGAAUUGUGCUCCCUAUCGAAUUUAUACGAGCGGCGGAUUGUAAGAAAAAUAAAAUUGAUGUUUAUUCACGU